AUGUUCAGCAGAAACAACGACGUCGGUAACGGCCAGGAACCGCAUCCUGUUCGGGGCCCCAUCACGGGCUUCGCAGGACUAGUCAGGCUCAUCCAGGCAAUCUGCGCGGAUCCAAUACCAGCUGAUCAGCCAAUCUCACCAGAUCGACUAGGCGACUUUACCGUCGAGAUCGCUCGCUGCUCACAACAGCUGCCCCCACACCUGACUCGACACACCACGAGCUUUCUCCAGACCUGGCGCGUCGGGGGCUAUGGCAGCAGCGCAGAAGACGUAUAUAGAGUGACAAUCCACGCACUCUUGUGGGACCGAAGCAAGGAGCCAUUGCUCUUUCUCGAUGGCUACUUCAAUGCGAAGGCUGGCUGGAUGCUCCUGGAAACUGUAUACUUUGCUUCCGAAGAAGGCAUUUGGGAUCGACUCCGCAGCGGCGCCGACCUCGACAUCCCAGCAUCCGAUUUUAUAUCCAUGAUAUGGGCAAGCAUGAUCAAGAAGCUCGACCUACGGGCCAGUGAGGUGGUCCUUCAUAACGUGGCCUUUGUACACAUCACGAACCCUUCCGUCCACCGACUGUGCCGAGUGUUUGCAAACCUUGUGAACUCCAGCUUCGGCCACGUCGACCGUCCAACCGCGCCGGUGCAGGAUAGGACCAACCCGCGGCAGGGACUGGGAAUUGUCGGUUUCGAGGACUUUUUCAGUUUGGCGCCGUGCAAAACUAUCCUUCUCGGCAUGAUUGAGCACCAGGCUGUAUUCAGGGAUCGUAUGCCGGUUAGGGUCGGUUGGCGCUACGAGCGUGAUGGGAAGGUUGGGCCAGAGUGGGACACAGCUAUCGUGGUGCGCAUGGGUUCAUAUUUCAGGAGGUUCUCGAACUCGCCUUUCGCCAUACUUCCAGCCAAUUCAUAA